AUGAAAGAAAAAGUUUUAGCAACCAGAAAGAAACCAACUAAUGCAUUGUCUUCACAACUCCCACAGCGGUUUUCAUUUCUGCCUUCAGAACAAGAUGCGUACGUGGAGCCAAUUCUUGGAUUUGUAGAAAAGUCAUUUUAUCGGUUUAUAAUUAAACAUGACCAACGCAUUCCUAAUAAAACCAAGGAGAAUUUCGUUUCAAGAUUGAACCCACAAAGAAAAGCUGAUUUCUCUGACGCAGAUUUAUCAUGCCUUCUCAGCUUCAUUACUCAAAACUUAUCUCUAUUCAAGCUUGGUCAACAACAAACAUUGUUUGAAGGAACGUAUAAGACUGAUCCAUUACCACUAUUUGAAUCCUUUAAAGUCGAAGCUGUAAAUCAUAAAAAACUUGGAAUAGCACACAUAGAAGGGAGAUGGAAUGAUGAGAAAUUACGAAGGCUUUCAACAUUAGCAUUAGAAAUAGUUAUAUGUCUUGGAGAUUCCGAAGCAUUCCAACCGCUUGUAGAAAUUAAGCAUAAAUUAGAGGCUGAGCUUGCCGAACGAAUGAUCAUGAAAAGGAGGAAGCGUGAGGGAGAAGAUUAUAAUGCAAAACGAGGUCAUUUGACAAAUGUUGAGUAUGGAGAGUUUACAGACUUCGCCUUAUCUUUAGUCAGUAAACUGGAGAAAAACGAGGAGCAAGUAAAACAAGUUAUACGAAUGGCUAUAGCUAAGAAUGAAGCGUUGGUCAAUAUAUGGAGAAGUUUGAUAACUCAGAGAGAUGAAGACGCGAAAAUCAAGAAGUUCGUGAAUUUUGUAAACAUCCGGUUCAACUUGGUAAUUAUCUUAAAAUAG